AUGGCCUCGCAGCCUCCGGCGGGCUCUGGACCGAUGCCGGCCUCCUCGACCGGCCCUGAUCGAGGCUCUGGAGCCCCUCUGGAGCCGUCCCCAACCUCAAGGGCUAAACGCCGCCGCGAUACUGAGGCCCAGCUAGCCCGGCUCAGCCUCGUGGGAAGCCAGCCCGACGCCUCUACGACAACCCCCUUAACGGCUAAGGGGCCCUCAACUGUCUUUGCCUGCAUCCCCGAGGAGGGCCUAACAGCUGCUAGGAAGCAUGCCCCUUUUGCCCUCCGCCGGAAGGUCUGCCAGGCCCCUGGCCUGCAGCUAGCAGAUAUCCCACAUAUCUACUAUAUUGCAACUGGCUACUCACUGAGACCCCUGAAUAAGCAGGUUCAGCAAGCCCUCCUUACGGACAAACAGAAACUAGCAGACAGUCUUAGAGCCUAUAGGAUUAAGACCCCUACUAAGUGGUUCACCUAUGUUGUCCCACGCUGCCCUGCUAAGCUAUAG